GAAACCAAGGGCCUCGAACGCCCCUGGGUAGUCCGUGGUGCUGGGUAUUUGCCCACCGCCGAUCUCCUGUUUGAAGUUUGGAGAGGCUCUCGUCUUGCCCAAGUAAUGGGUUACCCCCAGUCAAACCGUGGUUCCCUUCAUGCCACAGCGUCCGAAAAGACCGUGUUCUGGUCCCUUGUGGGCUUACCUCAGCCCUGCACGUGAUGCACAGACGCGAGGUCAGGUGAAGGGAGUAUGUCACAUGAGGUCAUGUGAGACCAGAGCCUGCGGUCUGCUUCUGAGCUCCGAAGCUACGUCCGCCCAGAGGAAUAAAAGAAGAUUGUUAUUUCCGAUCACCACUUUAAACCCCCCGUCAUCAGCUUUUCUUCAAAGCACAUAUCUCUAAUAUCACAAUGGAAGGUCUCACUGCCUCGGAACAGCGCGAGUUCGCUACUCGCAUGGAAAGGAAGCAGCUGAAGGAGUUCAUGACAAUGUACUCCAAGCUUGUCCAGCGCUGCUUCGACGACUGUGUCAACGACUUCACCACCAAGUCUCUCAUCUCCCGUGAGGAGACCUGCACCCUUCGCUGCGUCGACAAGUUCCUCAAGGGCUCCGCUCGGUUGAACGAACGCUUCCAGGAGCAGAACGCCGCAAUGAUGCAGAGUGGCCAGUUGCCCGGCCGGUAAACGAUUGAAUGAUCUGCUUGUUCUUCUGGGUUCGGCGGUUCGUGUAUAAACUAGACUUUUUCGGAAUGAUGACACCCAUGGAUUGCAUUUGGUCUGGGAUUCUUAGUAGGGCUUCCGUUUUUGUUGAGUUACGAGCGUUUAGUGAGCGGGCUCUGUGCUGCAGACAUACACGCUGCUUUUCGUCUUGUUG